AUUUUAAUAAAUUGUACAGCUAUACUAGAGGAAAACAAAGAAGAAUGUGACCCACUAAGCCUUAAGGACUGUACAGAGAAAUGUUCAACUAGAGAAUUUUCCAUUCCGCUGAUCAUCUCACUUCCUAUCUGCUCUCACAGGUGCAUCUGGACUUUGCACCAGGUUUUACUAAGCAGGAAGUUCAUGAUAUUUGUCCCUUUUUUCCGCUUGUAAGGAUUUUUAACUGGUGGAUUACUGGGCUGGAAAAUGGAGCGUUAAGGUGGAAGCUAAGCAGAUUUUGUCUCAGUGUUGUUAACGGACGUGACGUCACGGGUGAAGAAUGUACGGGAACAGCCCCGUCCCCGCUUUCCAGCCGAGAAGCUUCUCACCAGAGCUGCCUUCUCAGAAGCCUAAUAUGUCUCGCCCCAGUGCAAAAUCCAUCUACAUGCAAAGGAAGGAAUAUUCAGAAUCCAUUAACAAGCAACCUGACACGUUUCAGUACAGAGUGGAGCACCUGUUCACAUGCGAGUUAGACAGGAAGGAGCUGAACAGCGUGGAAGACUGUGUGGCCAGGCUGAAAAGUCUGGACAGCCGAGGGAAAGUGUGGGGUCAAGACAUGAUCCUGCAGGUGCACGGUGGCAGCCUACAGCUUUGUGACAUCGAAACAAAGGAGGUGCUGGAGUCUCUUCCUCUUGGCAGCAUCAUGCAAACUAAGGCAAUUCUGGACAGCUGCACUUAUGACUCACUGCUGACAGUCACUUGUCAGGAGAAUGGACGGAGGGCUCCAAAUGUUUUCCUGUUCCAGUGUGAGGAGACUGGGGCAGAAGAUGUGAGAGGUGACUUGGACCGAGUGAUCAAGCACAGAGGAGAGGAGCCUGUAAUUCAACAAAGCGAACCACCGUUUGACAUCAGGAGUAAUCUGGAGAGUAUAAUGGGCCAAGGGUAUUCGGGGGGUUUCCGCAGACCUGGCCCCCCUCCAGUGCAGCCUGCACCUCCCCCUCCACCUGAGUACCUUCCACCUCAACUCAAUACCUACCAGGACUACGAAACUCCCAGAGAUGAUGCCCAUUACAGCCCGGAUAUAUAUGAGCAAAGCCGUUCAGCGCCGCCAUCCCCUCCUCCAUACACAGAAGUUGAAAGGAAUAUGGAAAUCUUUAAUCAUGUGGUGGGUGACAUCGAACUGUUCACAGAUAAAGUCGAAGCAGCUAUAAGACAAGAGGAGGGAACCAAGAAAAAGAAAAAGAAAGGCAAAAACCAGAGGAAAUAUGGCGAAAACUUUCCCUCCAUACAGGAAUUUAUUGGCUGUCUUCAGAAAUAUAAAUAUGCCUUCAAUCUCCUGGGGAAACUUGAUGGACAUUUAAAAAACCCUACCUCUUCUGAAUAUGUUCACAUUCUCUUCACUGCUCUUGGCUUUCUGGUGACGCAUUAUCCUCUGGAUGUGCCGCGGUCAGUACUGAGCCCCUUCCUCACAGAGGCCGCUCUGCAGCUCCUCAGCCAGGUCGUCACCCCAGAGGAGGACAAACUAUGGACCAGUUUUGGAGACACAUGGCAGGUUCCCAGAUCUAAGUGGCCAAAUGGAGACAAGAUGGCACCAUAUGUUCCAGUCUUUUAUGAUGGUUGGGUGCCCCCAAUGCCGGUCCCUGUACAGCCGCCGUCACCAUCACGCAGCAACAGUCAACGCUUCCCAACCAGAAACAGCCCACAGCAACCACCAGCUCAGGAUAACAGGCCUUUUGGUGCCCCGCCAACACGCUCAGAAGAGCCACCACUCUACAUGCGAGUGAUCUAUGACUUCAUAGCCAGGAACCGUCAGGAGCUGAGUGUGUUGAAAGGUGAAGUGGUGCAGGUUAUAGACAAGUCCAGGCAAUGGUGGAUAGUGCGAAACAACCGCAAGGAGGAGGGUCAUGUGCCACAAAAUGUUCUAGAACCUAUGAGAGAGGAGGAGCCUCCAAGAAUGAACAGACCUCCAAAUCUGGACAUGAGAUCCAGCCCAGAGGAGGUCAGAGCCUGGCUGCAGUACAAGGGCUUUUCCAAAGUGACAGUGCGUAACCUGGGUGUGAUGAACGGAGCGCUGUUGUUAGGGAUGAAGCGUGAUGACAUACGAGCUGUGUGCCCAGAGGAAGGAGGCCGAGUCUUCUUCCAGCUGCAGGCCGUCAAAUCAGCUAUGGCACUUGCCAGUGAGGCAGAAUAUAACCAGUACGGUGGCCAUUAAUCCAGACCUCUUGGACCUUGAUGUUGGCAGGAUGUGUGAUUUCACCGAAGAGAACUGCACAGUGAUUACAUUAUUAAAAUGUAUAUGCUAGUAAACAUGAUUAUCUGAGAAAAAUGAGAACUGUACAAUUACAUACAUCCACAAAAUGAUUUCACUUAAAAUCUAUAGUAACCUGCAAAAGUCCUCAGAAACUUUAACUGAUUACAGCUUUAACCCUCAAUACUGCUUAUGUGUCAAGAAAAUGUUGCAUGUUCUUCUAUUUACCUCAGUGUUGUCAUAAACAUGAAUUUGUAUGUUUGAUUACUACUAUCUAAAAUGUUCAGAAACUUGUUUUAAACUGAACAGAAAAGGCGCAAAGUUAAGAGUCAAGUGCUAAAGUGUGUAAGAUCCCUAUUCGUUGGGCUAUACAUCCUGAAAUUACCUAAGUACAGUUUUGCAGGCCUCACUGUUUGAAUUUCACACAUUCAGGAAAAGGAAUAAGAAGUAAAAAGGGAGUAAAAUGGAAAUAAGUGUUCCAGCUUUUAUUAUGUCAAUAAUGGAUAGAACUCAAGGCUUUUCUGGACAUGUACAUCACUUUAAAAUUGAAAUAAAACUUUCAAUAAAA